AUGCAGGCUACAACUGUGAAACCAGAAUUGAUACCUACUCUUUACCCACCUUCCUUGGUCAAGAAUGCAGUGGUAAAAAGAAAAAUUGCAGCACUAAACACAAAUGUACGCGAGCAUGAGAGUCAUGAAGACAUUCAUAAGUUGCACAGCAGACUGUUCAAGAAAACCGGUGCACCAGAAGUAACAGCAAUAAUUACAACAUCAACGCCACCUAAGCUACUAGUCUUCAAAAAACCCACACAGAUGGAAUCUGAGGUUGCAUCGAAACUUACGGAGCUCACGAAAUAUCUACCUACUAGCGCUAAGGAUGAGCUCAAAAUGCUGCGAGAGAUUCCAGAUCUGGAGGAAAUCUCCAACAGUGGAGCAGAUCAAGGAGCUGGUGGCACAUUUGGCCCAGAAGAGACAAGCCCGAAACUCGUUGACUUCGGCAAAGGAAAUGGUGAUUAA